AACCAAUUAACAGAGAUAAAAGAAAUACAUCUGCAGGAUGCCCCAGCAAUGGACCAUACACCUGAUCAAAAGGUAUGCAGGGAAUCAGGCCAACCUAAAGAGGAAGUGAGUCCUGUGACAACCCAAGAGGAGGCUUUCCAUAAGCCAACAGAUAAUGGCUCAACAGAAAUAUUACCAAAACCAGACCCAAUGAUUAUCCCCAAAGACAAGUCAUCCCCUGUACCAGACCAUAGCAUCUCCCCUAUACAUGAAACAUCUAAACCAGACUCAGCCACCACUCCAAAAGAAGACACUUCUACCCAACCAGAUAAGACAACAACCCCUAAAGAAGAAUCUUCUGCCAAACCAGUUCCAAGCAUCACAUCUGAAGAAGGAACAUCUAAACUGGACACAACAGACACCCCUGAUAAAGUCAACUCCACCAAGCUAGACACUAACAUCCCUCUUUCUGAAGAAACAUCCAAACCAGAAUCAACCUUCACUCUGAAAGAACAAACUUCACGCAAACCAGAUCAAACCAUCAUCCCUAAAGACAUGCCUAAAGAGACAUCACCAAAACCAGACCUAACUGUCACCCAUGAAGAACAAAUUUCACCCAAACCAGAACAAACCAUCAUCCCUAAAGAUGUUUCUGAAGAGACUUACCCAAAACCAGACCUAACUGUUACUCUUGAAGAACAAAUUUCACCCAAACCAGAACAAACCAUCAUCCCUAAAGACAUUUCUGAAGAGACUUACCCAAAACCAGACCUAACUGUUACUCUUGAAGAAGAAAUUUCACCCAAAUCAGACCAAAUCAUCAUCCCUAAACACAUGCCUGAAGAAACUGCCACAAAACCAGACCUAACUGUUACCCUUGAAGAACAAACUUCACAAAAACCAGACCAAACCCUAAUCCAUAAAGACAUGCCGGAAGAGACUUCCUCAAAAUCAGAGAUAACUGUCACCCCUGAAGAACAAAUUUCACCCAAACCAGAUCAAACCAUCAUCCAUAAAGACAUGCCUGAAGAGACUUCCCCAAAACCAGACCUAACUGUCACCCCUGAAGAACAAACUUCACCAAAACCAGAUCAAACCAUCAUCCAUAAAGACAUGCCUGAAGAGACUUCCCCAAAACAAGACCUAACUGUCACCCAUGAAGAACAAACUUCACCCAAACCAGACCAAACCAUCAUCCAUAAAGACAUGCCUGAAGAGACAUGCCCAAAACCAGAACUAACAGUCACCCAUGAAGAACAAAUCUCACCAAAACCAGACAAAACCAUCAUCCCUAAAGACAUGCCUGAAGAGACGUCCCCAAAACCAGACCUAACUGUCACCCCUGAAGAACAAACUUCACCAAAACCAGACCAAACCAUCAUCCAUGAAGACAUGCCUGAAGAGACUUCCACAAAACCAAAACUAACUGUCACACCUGAAGAACAAACUUCCCCCAAACCAGACCAAACCAUCAUCCAUAAAGACAUGCCUGAAGAGACUUCCCCAAAACCAGAAAUAACUGUCACCCAUGAAGAACAAAUUUCACCCAAACCAGACCAAACCAUCAUCCCUAAAGACAUGCCUGAAGAGACAUCCCCAAAACCAGACCUAACUGUCACCCCUGAAGAACAAACUUCACACAAACAAGAUCAAACCAUCAUCCCUAAAGAAAUGUCUGAAGAGACAUCACCAAAACCAGACAUAACUGUUACCCCUGAAGAACAAACUUCACCAAAACCAGACCGAACCAUCAUCCCUAAAGACAUGCCUGAAGAGACAUGCCCAAAACCAGAACUAACUGUCAUCCCUGAAGAACAAACUUCACCCAAACCAGACCAAACCAUCAUCCAUGAAGACAUGCCUGAAGAGACUUCCACAAAACCAGACAUAACUGUCACACCUGAAGAACAAAUUUCCCCCAAACCAGAACAAACCAUCAUCCAUAAAGACAUGCCUGAAGAGACUUCCCCAAAACCAGACAUUACUGUCACCCAUGAAGGACAAAUUUCACAAAAAUCUGACCAAACCAUCAUCCCUAAACACAUGCCUGAAGAGACAUCCCCAAAACCAGACCUAACUCUUACCCCUGAAGAACAAACUGCACUCAAACAAGACCAAACCAUCAUCCCUAAAGAAAUGUCUGAAGAGACAUCCCCAAAACCAGACAUAACUGUUACCCAUGAAGAACAAACUUCACCAAAACCAGACCAAACCAUCAUCCCUAAAGACAUGCCUGAAGAGACAUCCCCAAAACCAGAAAUAACUGUCACACCUGAAGAACAAACUUCACCCAAACCAGACCAAACCAUCAUCCCUAAAGACAUGCCUGAAGCGACUUCCCCAAAACCAGACCUAACUGUCACCCCUGAAGAACAAACUUCACCCAAACAAGAUCAAACCAUCAUCCCUAAAGAAAUGUCUGAAGAGACAUCACCAAAACCAGACAUAACUGUCACCCCUGAAGAACAAACUUCACCAAAACUAGAUCAAACCAUCAUCCAUAAAGACAUGCCUGAAGAGACUUCCCCAAAACCAGACAUAACUGUUACCCCUGAAGAACAAACUUCACCAAAACCAGACCAAACUAUUAUCCAUGAAGACAUGCCUGAAGAGACUUCCACAAAACCAGACAUAACUGUCACACCUGAAGAACAAAUUUCCCCCAAACCAGACCAAACCAUCAUCCCUAAAGACAUGCCUGAAGAGACUUCCCCAAAACCAGACCUAACUGUCACCCCUGAAGAACAAACUUCACCAAAACCAGACCAAACCAUCAUCCAUGAAGACAUGCCUGAAGAGACUUCCACAAAACCAGACAUAACUGUCACACCUGAAGAACAAAUUUCCCCCAAACCAGAACAAACCAUCAUCCAUAAAGACAUGCCUGAAGAGACUUCCCCAAAACCAGACAUUACUGUCACCCAUGAAGGACAAAUUUCACAAAAAUCUGACCAAACCAUCAUCCCUAAACACAUGCCUGAAGAGACAUCCCCAAAACCAGACCUAACUCUUACCCCUGAAGAACAAACUUCACUCAAACAAGACCAAACCAUCAUCCCUAAAGAAAUGUCUGAAGAGACAUCCCCAAAACCAGACAUAACUGUUACCCAUGAAGAACAAACUUCACCAAAACAAGACCAAACCAUCAUCCCUAAAGACAUGCCUGAAGAGACAUCCCCAAAACCAGAAAUAACUGUCACACCUGAAGAACAAACUUCACCCAAACCAGACCAAACCAUCAUCCCUAAAGACAUGCCUGAAGCGACUUCCCCAAAACCAGACCUAACUGUCACCCCUGAAGAACAAACUUCACCCAAACAAGAUCAAACCAUCAUCCCUAAAGAAAUGUCUGAAGAGACAUCACCAAAACCAGACAUAACUGUCACCCCUGAAGAACAAACUUCACCAAAACUAGAUCAAACCAUCAUCCAUAAAGACAUGCCUGAAGAGACUUCCCCAAAACCAGACAUAACUGUUACCCCUGAAGAACAAACUACACCAAAACCAGACCAAACUAUUAUCCAUGAAGACAUGCCUGAAGAGACUUCCACAAAACCAGACAUUACUGUCACACCUGAAGAACAAAUUUCCCCCAAACCAGAACAAACCAUCAUCCAUAAAGACAUGUCUGAAGAGACUUCCCCAAAACCAGACAUUACUGUCACCCAUGAAGGACAAAUUUCACAAAAAUCUGACCAAACCAUCAUCCCUAAACACAUGCCUGAAGAGACAUCCCCCAAACCAGACAUAACUGUCACACCUGAAGAACAAACUUCACCCAAACCAGACCAAACCAUCAUCCCUAAAGACAUGCCUGAAGCGACUUUCCCAAAACCAGACCUAACUGUCACCCCUGAAGAACAAACUUCACCCAAACAAGAUCAAACCAUCAUCCCUAAAGAAAUGUCUGAAGAGACAUCACCAAAACCAGACAUAACUGUCACCCCUGAAGAACAAACUUCACCAAAACUAGAUCAAACCAUCAUCCAUAAAGACAUGCCUGAAGAGACUUCCCCAAAACCAGACAUAACUGUUACCCCUGAAGAACAAACUUCACCAAAACCAGACCAAACUAUUAUCCAUGAAGACAUGCCUGAAGAGACUUCCACAAAACCAGACAUAACUGUCACACCUGAAGAACAAAUUUCCCCCAAACCAGAACAAACCAUCAUCCAUAAAGACAUGUCUGAAGAGACUUCCCCAAAACCAGACAUUACUGUCACCCAUGAAGGACAAAUUUCACAAAAAUCUGACCAAACCAUCAUCCCUAAACACAUGCCUGAAGAGACAUCCCCAAAACCAGACCUAACUCUUACCCCUGAAGAACAAACUUCACUCAAACAAGACCAAACCAUCAUCCCUAAAGACAUGUCUGAAGAGACAUCACCAAAACCAGACAUAACUGUUACCCAUGAAGAACAAACUUCACCCAAACCAGACCAAACCAUCAUCCCUAAAGACAUGCCUGAAGAGACUUCCCCAAAACCAGACCUAACUGUCACCCCUGAAGAACAAACUUCACCCAAACCAGACCAAACCAUCAUCUAUAAAGACAUGCCUGAAGAGACUUCCCCAAAACCAGACAUAACUGUUAUCCAUGAAGGACAAAUUUCAACAAAAUCUGACCAAACCAUCAUCCCUAAAGACAUGCCUGAAGAGACAUCCCCAAAACCAGAACUAACUGUCACCCCUGAAGAACAAACUUCACCAAAACCAGACCAAACCAUCAUUCAUAAAGACAUGCCUGAAGAGACAUCCCCAAAACCAGACCUAACUCUCACCCCUAGAGAACAAACUUCACCCAAACAAGACCAAACCAUCAUCCCUAAAGGCAUUGCUGAAGAUUCUUUCCCAAAACAAGACCUAACUGUCACCCCUGAAGAACAUACUUCACCCAAACCAGACCAAACCAUCCUCCCUAAAGACAUGCCUGAAGAGACAUCACCAAAACUAGACCUAACUGUUACCCCUGAAGAACAAACUUCACCCAAACCAGAACAAACCAUCAUCCCUAAAGAAAUGCCUGAAGAGACUUCUCCAAAGCCAGACCUAACUGUCACACCUGAAGAACAAACUUCACCCCAACAAGACCAAACCAUCAUCCCUAAAGACAUGCCUAAAGACACUUCCCCAAAACAAGACCUAACUGUCACUACUGAAGAACAAACUUCACCCAAACCAGACCACACCAUCAUCCCUAAAGGCAUGCCUGAAGAGACAUCCCCAAAACCAGACAUAACUGUCACCCCUGAAGAACAAACUUCACCCAAACCAGACCAAACCAUCAUUCAUAAAGACAUGCCUGAAGAGACAUCCCUAAAACCAGACCUAACUCUCACCCCUAAAGAACAAACUUCACCCAAACAAGACCAAACCAUCAUCCCUAAAGGCAUUGCUGAAGAUUCUUUUCCAAAACAAGACCUAACUGUCACCCCUGAAGAACAUACUUCACCCAAACCAGACCAAACCAUCCUCCCUAAAGACAUGCCUGAAGAGACAUCACCAAAACCAGACCUAACUGUUACCCAUGAAGAACAAACUUCACCCAAACCAGAACAAACCAUCAUCCCUAAAGAAAUGCCUGAAGAGACUUCUCCAAAGCCAGACCUAACAGUCACGCCUGAAGAACAAACUUCACCCAAACCAGAACAAACCAUCAUCCCUAAAGAAAUGCCUGAAGAGACUUCUCCAAAACCAGACCUAACUGUCACUACUGAAGAACAAACUUCACCCAAACCAGACCAAACCAUCCUCCCUAAAGACAUGCCUGAAGAGACAUCACCAAAACCAGACCUAACUGUUACCCCUGAAGAACCAACUUCACCCAAACCAGACCAAACCAUCAUCCAUAAAGACAUUCCUGAUGAGACUUCCACAAAACCAGACCUAACUGUUACCCCUGAAGAACAAACUUCACCCAAAAAAGACCAAACCAUCAUCCCUAAAGACAUGCCUGAAGAGAUUUCCCCAAAACCAGACAUAACUGUCACCACUGUAGAACAAACUUCACCAAAACCAGAAUCAAUUAUAACUCCUAAACAAACUUCCCCCAAACUCGAAUCAAUCAUUUUAUCUAAAGAGGUGAUUGAAACGACCAGCAGUGGUGAACAAGCUGAGACAGGUACACUACCAAUGAAACAGGUACCUUCACUUGCCAAGCGAGAGGAUUCACACGCGGAGCCGUAGAGCAACACAAUUCAGAUGAAACUAGAGGAAAGUAUACCCAAAGAUUCUGAGAAGGUAAUAGAUCACAAAAUCAAAACCCCAAAGACUGAAA